AUGGCAGCACGAGAGAGGAUGAGGAAUGAUGUGGUAGAGGUGGAGGCGGUCAUUGCUGCGGCGCCGGCUACGAGGACAGCGGAGGAGAAGCCACUAAAGACACCACAUAUCGAGCUGCGAGGCCUGGAGAGGAGACUGGAAGCGAUAUUGCCUGACCAGAUCGACCCAGUGACCAACGCCCCCAACGACAGAAUCAUCAUCGACAAUUCGCCAGUGACCUCAACCCUCGUGGCACCUAGCGUCACCCCGGAGGUGUCAACCUCUCGAGGCACGCCAUCAUCCAGACCGACACAGGAUAUGAACACGAACACUGGCAACGCCGACGAAGGCGUAAGCGUCGCGGUCAAAGCUGGCAUCGCAAUGGGUGUCCUCGCCGGCGUGCUAGUACUCUUCGUGGUGGUCUGGUUGAUAAUGAGCAUGCGCAAGAAGAAGCAAGCCCGCAGACGCCAGCAGAUCGAGGACGAUGAAAAGAUCCACGGACCUUUCUCCGACAGCGCAGCCAUAUCGAGAAGCCCGCCCGCUGCUGCUGCCCCCAGCGCGGCUCCCAGACUGAGCCUCCGUCCGGUUUCUCAACUGUGGCAGAACUUGGCUCCUAGCGGGCACCCCGAGCGGAGGGCUUCUAGGGGUAUCCAACUCACCGUCAACCCCGCCGGCCCGUCUCAUUCCCCGACCAACUCUCUGUCGCCGUUGAAUCGUCCUAACCAAGGGGGUUCAGCUUGGGAGCGCCACAGGAUGCAGUCUACCACCCCCACCGGGGACAACCGCCCUGGCACCCAAGGGAGCGUUUACUCCCUCAAUCCCUUCCACGACAGCCACUCCACCAGGAACUACAACAACGAGCCCGUCAGCCCGGUGUCUACCCUCGCGCCAGAGUUCCCUGCCGUCCCGAGCAAAAACCGCUCUCCAACACCAGAGCCAGUAUCCCCAAUAGAUCAGGACACUGACCUCCCCGAUUUUGGCGCCGGCUCCAAGCCUCUAACCCGCAAGACGUCCAUCAACCACCACAAUAAGGGGUUGCCCAAACCACUGGACCUGACGAAGCCACCAUCCCCGUUAUACGCCCCCGGCCCGGCAUCCCCAGCAGGAACAGAAUACAGCAUGCACUCCAUGUCCCCCUCAACUAUGGUCCCCUCCUCCACAUCAGCAGCCGAGAUCGCCGCUGCCGGCGGGCCCCAAAACUCAACUGUGCAUCGUGUCCAGCUCGAUUUCAAGCCCACUCUCGAGGACGAAUUAGGUCUCAAGGCGGGACAGCUGGUGCGGUUGCUGCACGAAUAUGAUGACGGCUGGGCGCUGUGUAUUAGGCUUGAUCGAUCGCAGCAGGGGGUUGUGCCGAGGACUUGCUUGUCUACACGGCCGGUGAAGCCCAGGCCGGCGCAGAACGGGCCGAGGGUUGUGCCCCAGGGGGGGUAUAAUAGGGGUGGGAAUGGGAAUAACACGGGGGGGUUUCCAUCCCCGCCGGGGCAGCAACAAAAUGGGGGUUGGCAGAGCGCGGAGAGGUCCGAGAGCCCGGGGAGUUUUUACUCGACGAACCAGGGGGUCAGCCCCAGUCCGGGGGGUGGUGGGAGUGGUGGGAUUGGAACGAUGAUGGGGCAAGGGGGGGGCGAGUAUGAGAUGCAGAUGGGGGGUUGA